GGAGAGGGAGGGCUUAGUAUUCAGUGACUGCAGCCAAGUGAUAAAGGAAGAGAUCUGACUAUUAUUCGACAGCAGAAUGUGCAGUUGAAAGACUGUAAUGGCAGUAUCUCGCUGGAAGGCUGUGGGGAGCACCCUGCUUGCUAUGUUUUUAGUGGGGCUGGUAGCGCUCCUAGCAGUCUUGUUCAUCAGAACUUACACUUGGCCUAAUGAGGUUGGUCGGUGGAAUAGCAAUGAAACUGUGAUCAUUGAACUUACUGAGAAAGAGAGAAAGCAACUGGUGGAGGCAUUGAAAGGUGCCAUUCGCAUUCCCACUGUCUCCUUUUCAGAAGAGGAACAGAACACCACUGCACUCAGAGAGUUUGGAGAAUACAUACAGAAAGUCUUCCCUCAGGUUUUCUCCUCAGUUCUAAUUCACCAUGAAGUAUUGGGAGGUUACAGUCAUCUUUUUAAAGUACAAGGCACUGACCUCAGUCUACUGCCAUACAUGUUACUGGCUCACAUUGAUGUUGUACCAGCUCCGCCAGAGUCCUGGGAGGUGCCGCCUUUCUCUGGCGAGGAGCGAGAUGGUUAUGUUUAUGGAAGGGGGACUCUAGAUGACAAGAACUCUGUUAUUGGGAUUCUUCAGGCACUUGAAUUUCUCCUGAAAAGAGGCCACAAACCUCAACGAUCUUUCUACAUAGGACUUGGGCAUGAUGAAGAGGUAUCUGGCCACAAAGGUGCCCUAAAGAUUGUGGAGAAGUUGCAGUCUCAAGGAGUUCAGCUGGCGUUUGUUUUAGAUGAGGGCUUGGCAGUCCUGGAUGGUGUUAUUCAAGGAAUACGUCAACCUGUUGCCCUGAUUGGUACCACAGAGAAAGGUUCAAUUACCUUAGACCUCACCGUAAAUCGUUCACCUGGUCAUUCUUCUAUGCCACCCUCUGAAACUAGUAUUGGGAUCCUAGCUGCAGCUGUGUCUAGGUUGGAGCAGAAUGCAAUGCCCAAUAUGUUUGGGGAAGGUCCAGAACAAGACAUGUUUGAACGUCUUUCUACCAAGUUUGACUUUCCUCUCAAUAUUAUCAUGGCAAAUCUUUGGCUAUUCUCCCCCAUUUUAAGCAGAAUUCUGGAGCGGUCUCCUUCCACCAAUGCCAUAGUGAGGACAACAACUGCUCUCACCAUCUUUAAAUCGGGGAUCAAGUCAAAUGUGAUCCCACCUACAGCCACAGCAACAGUUAAUUUUCGGCUUCACCCUGCACAGACGGUACAAGAGGUCCUGGAUAUUAUGCAGAACACUAUCAAGGAUGAAAGAGUGGAAAUAUCUGUCUUGAAUUCAUUUGAUCCUUUACCUGUCAGUCCAAAUGAUAUGAGUUUAGGGUACCAGAUUCUUCAGCACACCAUUCAUAAUGUGUUUUCAAGAGCUCCAGUUGCCCCAGGUGUUUGUGUUGGCAAUACAGACAGCCGCCAUUUUGUCAACUUGACUAAUAAUAUCUACAGAUUUAGCCCUGUGGUGCUCAAAAAGGAGGAUGUGGAUAGGAUUCAUGGGCUGAAUGAGCGAAUUUCUAAAGAUGCAUUUGAACUCCUUGUGCAGUUUUACAUCCAGUUGAUUCAAAAUGCAGAUACAGAUAAAAUCCUUCCACCACACCUUAACACACAUGAACUUUGAUUGGAAAAAGCCAGAUCAACAGCGUGGAUGAUUUUUGAUAUAAGAAGAUGGGUGAGGACUGUCUGCAUAUUGUUCCUCUUCCUUACUGCAGAACAUUACUUACUGACACAUGUCUAUUUUAUGGAUUAAACUCUAUUUCUGAAUAUUUUACUGUAUUAAAUGCAGUGUAUAAAACCUUUUAGAGCAAGACGCUAUACCAUUAUAACAAAAUGAACCUGGAUACAGAGAAUAGAUAGUGCUUGUGUGUCAGCCCCUUAAAUUGUAUGAUCUAUGUGGCAUAGAACAAGUUAAUUAAUCCACUUACCAGCAUUAAUAUAUCACCCAAUCUCCAUACUUUGGACCAAAACAAAAGGUUGUGGGAAUUCACUCAAAUAGCAGAAUUGGUUAUAACAUUUCCAAAGUAAAAGGCAGAGACCAGCUGUAAACAAAACAGUCUGCUUUACUGCACUUGCGUUUUCCAUAAAGAAUGUUUUAACAGUACACACAGGACCACACGUGCCUGUCAAUACAAAAUGCAGUACAAAACACGGCUGAGCAAAGCGAAUGAUCCACUCAGUGGGGGUCAUUUAUCAACAUUGGGCAAAUUUGCCCAUGGGCUGUAACCCAUGGCAUCCAAUCAGAUUGCUGCAUUCAUUGUUCUACUUGCAGCUGGCUUUAAAAAGCUAAUCACUGAUUGGUUGCUAUAGGUAACAGCCCAUGGGCAAAUGUGCCCAGUGUUGAUAAAUGAGCCCCAGUAUGUCCUUACCCUAACGAUAUAUGGGUAAGUUUGUUCACCACUGCCAGCUACCAGAAAAUAGUGGUGGACAAAACAUAACUAUACUGUAAGUGCCACAGGGUAUUCACACAGAGCAGUGACAGACAGACCCAAAUGUUUGUUUGAGCAUUUUACCAGCUAAUGUAUUCCAAUAACUUUUCAGUGUGCAGUAGAGCAGUUCACUUAUCUUACAUAGGACAGGCUUUACAAUUCAGCCAAUUUACUACAUAAAAAAUAAAGAAAUGAAAUGUUGGGAGAGAUGUUCUGUUCCCAGGUGCCCUACAAUUAACAAAAUUAGCUGAGGUAUAUAGGAACAAACCAAAGCAGUUGUUUCUCUCUCUCACAGAACCAGUGAACAUUGUCUCUCUCUUUGUUAUCAGCAAGCCCUGAAUAGAGAUAACAGUACUAAGAAAAUCCGUUCAUAUCAGUGAAUCCCAUACCAUUGAAUCUAACCUAGAGGGAUCCAUCAGGACUCUGUAAGAUAGUAAGCCCCCUUUAAAGAAGACCUUCAAUCUGUUUGAUGCCAAAAUCUUUGAAGCAUAGAUGGCUAUUUAUAACUUUAUACGUUCCCCUAUAACUUUAUAACUUCAUCUAUAGGUAGGGGAAAUUGAAUCUGCCUGCUUAACAAAUAGAUCUGUUAAGCACUGACACAUACCUUAAUUAUAGAUAGAUACUUUGAUUAUUUUUAUUCCAAAUAACCUGACUUUAAAAGUGUAAUACAGGUAUGGGAUCUGUUAUCCGGAAAUAUGUUAUCCAGAAAGCUCGGAAUUACGGAAAGGCCGCCUCCCAUAGACUCCAUUAGACUUGAUCCAAACUAAGAUGAAAUUAAUUCUUAUUGGAAAACCAACCUUUUGGGUUUAUAUAAUGUUUAUAUGAUUUUCAAGUAGACUUAAGUUAUGAAGAUCCAAAUUACGGAAAGAGCCAUUAUCCGGAAAACUCCAGGUCCCGAGCAUUCUGGAUAACAGGUCCCAUACCUGUACCAAUAAAACCAUGGCAACAAAUCUUUCAAAUUAAAUACCUGUUCCAAAGAGCAUAUAGCUAAUGACAUUCAACUGCAUAUAUCUAUCAAACAGAGAAAAGUCAACACCUGCCCAAAAAUGACUAGUAUGCAGAUUUUUAAGAAGGUCAUGCAGAAUUUGUCCCAUUGUUCCCAUAUGCACACCUAUGUGCCAUAACACACAUUUCACAAACAGCCUCCAAUGCAAUACAGGGUUGAAGAUGGAGAAGCACCCUUUGAAACCUUGUGCUGUUUUUCUGCAUUAUUCAUCUAUAAAAUACCUGCCUAACUUGGUUAAGCUGCUGUUUUAAUCACUAUUCACGACAGCACAGAAAUGUGUUAGAUGAUCAAUCUUCCUUUGUACAAAACCUAUUUAAGAAAUUGAUUUGAAAACAGGUAAUAUGCCUUAUAAAGCUCACAUUAAUAUUACAAUGUUUUGGUAAAUAAUAUUUUAAUAUACUUCCUUUGUGUUGGUAUUACCAGAAAUUGGGUAGGGUUUUGAUAAAUCAGGAUAUAUCUCAGUACAGCUGGGUGUGACCAUGCAGAUUAAAGCAUGGCCUAAAGCAGGUGUCCCCAUCCCCAACCUUUUUAUUUACAUUUGAAUGUGUCUAAUGGGUAAAAGAGUUGGGGAGCAACAUAAGCACAAAAAAGUCCCUGGGUAUGCCAAAUAAUGGAUGUGAUUGGAUAUUUGAUAACUCCUAUGUGGAGCCUACAGGAGGCUCUGUUUGGCAGUACACCUGGUUUUUAUGUAACCAAAACCUGCCUCCGAACCAGGAAUUCAAAAAUAAGCACCUGCU